AUGGCCACGACAUUUAUAAUAAAUGAAACUAUUAAGAAUAAUGGUACUUUUCCGAGGGAAAGUGUGGCCACCCUGUGCCGUCUGGGCGGCUGGUCCGAAAAAAGUGGAACGUGGUCACUAUACGUGAAGGAUGUUUUUGAAAAACACCUUGACACGAGUUCCUUUCUCUAUCGGUAAGGAUCUCAGCAUAUCUUUUCCUUUGGAAAAGUCAGUAUAUCGAUUAAUCGAAGCAAUGUUUACGGCAUGAAGGGGGAAAUGAUAAUCAAAAUAUAUAAAAGAUAAUUUCUGAUGAAUGAUGAAAUAAAAGGUUUGUUAAAGAAAUGAGCUUUGUGGCAAGUUUCGUUUGGAAAGCGACAUAAUUCGGUUGUUAUCUAUGAGAAUUGAAACAAAAUAUCUUUUUUGGCCGCACAAAAGUGAAUGCUAUUCUCUUCGUUAUUUUCAGCGACCUACGUUCAGACAACAGGGCAACCUACCUGGAAGAUAUAAAAUCCGCCUUCAAUUACCGAGUAGAUAAAAACCUCCAAACAAUGGAGGAUUGCCACGCCGUAGAGGGUUUUGCAGGGUACCUGCACGAAUUCAGAGACACUGGUCACAACAUUUCGAUCGGGGAGGCAGAGAAAGGUGAUUACUUUUAAUUUUCUGCAUGUAAUAAACCAAUUCAUCACAUGUGACGAUAUGUGAAUUUAACUUUUCUUUUUUUCCUACAGAACUUGAAAAAAUGAAAAAAGGAGAAAGUGCUGAAUUUAAAGGUGCUUUACACAGAUCCCUUGUUUGAAUCAUUGUUUUCGAUUGUGGUCAAAGUCACAGACCCCAAGAUUUAGUUUAAUUCAUUUUUGCAUUGAUAUUAUAUUCUCACAUUUGAUAAAUAGUGAAUUUCAAUUUCCUUUUGUGCUCCCAGGAAUGACAAUGAAGGGCCUCACAUUUAAAAUAAAAGCCCUAAAACAACAGGCUGUGUUUCGCUUUGCCUCCGCCUACAACGCGAAACAACACGAUGAGGCCAAGGCGAAAAAUCCACCACCGCACCCAAACAAACCUGUAAGUAGUCAAACAUAUUUGAAAUGUUCUCUUGCUUGCAUUGACAUCUUUUUCGUAAUUUCACAUUGAUCAGUCCCGCUUAAAAAUUUUAUUAGUUACACUCGUGGCUUUUUUUUUUGUCCAUUUUCCUUCUUAGGGGUUUACAAAACCACUGAAUAUGUUGGGCCACUUGAAAUUCUUGUUGGAGUCAGAGAGGGGGGAAGAUCUUUCCCUAAGGAGAUUUUCUCCCCUCGAUUACUCUAUGAAGCUAACUGGACCUGUAGAGUGCCCGUUUGAAGGUUGUGGGUUCCAAACAGAUCUCGGCAAGACAAUGAUCAGUCACCAGCAGCAGGUGCGCCACCCUGGUUGGAAUCGGCACGAUACCACCAGGGAAGGCCAA